AGCACUAGCACCCCUAUGAAUUUGCGUCGAGGAUGAAAAGAAAUGUAUAGCUCACAAGACUUCCAAGUGCCACUUGCAAACCAUACUUUCGGUUGAUCAACAUGCUUAAUUGCCUGCCUUUCUUAAUUCACAAAUUACUCAUUCUUUUUCUGAUUUCGAAUUUAAAAUAAUAUACUCAAUCGAUCCGCAACAUGAUCAAGCAUUAUAUAUCAGACUGCGGCUGCCCUUUCCUAUCCUCUCAUGGCUGUCUUUCGCAUUCUCUAGUCGCUCAACUCUCUGCAACACCUUCAUAACAUCCACACACCCCCUUUUCCAAAAAUGGAGACUCAUUUCAUCAACUCAGUAACUCGUCUACGUGCAACUCAGCUCCUUCUCUGCACACUCGCUAUAUUACUCUUCUCACCCACCGCCACCACCCUAUCAGAGCUUCCCAGAGGCUUCAAGGCCACUCCCGACUCCUCAACCCAAACCUUCCAACCUCUCCUCUCCGACUCCACUGGCAAUUUCUCCCUCGGCUUUCUCCGAGUCAACAAAACCCAGCUGGCUCUCGCCGUCCUCCACGUUCCGUCAUCUGAGCCCUUCUGGGUGGCAAACCCUGCCCAACUCGCUCGCUGGUCCGACCGUACCCACCUCACUUUCAACGGCAGUCUCGUCCUUUCCGAUCCUCAGACAAGGACAUAUUGGUCAACUCACACUGAUGCUGAUCAUGUUAUCCUCCUCAACAAUUCAAACUUGCUAAUACAGAGUGCCAACCAGAACGAAGCUCCAGCAUGGCAGAGUUUCGACUUUCCCACAAAUACCCUCGUCGAAAACCAGAAUUUCACAUCUAAAAUGGUUCUGAUUUCCUCCAACGGACUGUACUCGAUGCGAUUAGGGCCCGACUUCAUCGGCCUCUACGCGAAUUUCAAUGAAGGCUCGGACCAGAUUUAUCUCCGGCACAAAGCAAUGGAAGCCAAAACCGAUAUAGUCGAGAAUGAAGGCCCCAUUUACGCGCAGAUAAACCCGGAUCGGUACCUCGGUAUGUACCAAACGGGUAACCCGUUACCCGCCGACGUUCAAAAGUUCAACAGCUAUCAGACACCCAUCACCGGCUUCCUCCGGGUCCGGUUAGAACCCGACGGGAACUUAGUCGGGUACUUCUGGGACGGGUCGAAGUGGGUUUUGGACUACCGGGCGAUUUCUCAAAGCUGCGAGCUUCCGAGUGCGUGCGGUUCGUACGGGUUGUGUACAGCCGGAAAUGGCUGCUCGUGUUUGGAUAACCGGACGGAGUUUGCCUCCGGCGAGUGUUUCGCGGCGCAGUCCGGUGACUUCUGCAGCGACGGAAUCCCGAGAAAUAAUUUCUGGGUUUUGAGGAGGAACGGGGUUGAGCCGCCGUACAAGGAGUUGAUGGGGUACCAAACGACGUCGUCGCUGGACCAGUGCGAGAGGCUUUGUGAAAGGAACUGUAGCUGUUGGGGCGCGGUUUUUAAUAACGCAUCCGGGUUUUGUUACAUGAUGGACUACCCGAUCCAAACCCUAGUGGGUGUGGGGGAUGAGACCAAGAUAGGGUAUUUUAAGGUGCGGGAGGGUGCAGGGAGGAAGAAAAUGACUGUGGGUGUUGGGGUUGGGAUUGGUGUGAUGUGUGGGGUGGUUUUGAUUUUGGUGGGGAUUGUUGGGGUUUGGAGGUUUAGGGUUUGGAAGAGGAAGAGGGGAGGAGGAGCAGUAAAGAGCCGGUUCAUGGAGCAAAACGGCGGCGUUUCGCCCGGCCCGUAUAAGGAUCUUGGAUCGGCAAGCUUUAGGUCAAUUGAGAUGGGGAGUACAUAGUGACGCAAGUAGUGACAUUUUUGAUUAACACUCAUUUGAUUAGUGGUGGUGGGUUCGGGCUAAUCUUUGUUAUAUUGUAUGAUAAUACAUGAUUAGUGAACCCUCAAACAUAAACGUCUAAUCUUCUUGAUAAUGUUUGCAACUUUGCAUAAUUGUAUAUACAUUAGUGCUCUUCACAUGUCACUUUGAGAUCUUUAUAUCGAUGAAAGUUGCACAAUUUUAAAUAUAAUGAAUAGAGGUUUCGACCUGGGAUAAUGAAUCA